UAAACCGUGGCCGCCGCCGCCGCCGCCGCCGCCCGCCCGCCCGCGCCACCGGCCCAUCGCUGCCUCAACCUCGCGCCGCACGACUCCCCCCGCUUCGUCAGCUACGAGCGCCAUGGCGACAUGGGGCGUCUCCAUGGCCACGACCCGUGCAGCGGGAAAGGCGUGAGUAGCGCAGCCGCCGAUGUGCACGACGAGGCAGGCAGCGGGGCUUCCCCAAGAACUCGAGGCACUCCGGUUCGACUCCCAGUCUAGAUGAGCGAGGACUUGAUGAGCUGCCGCCACCGCCGCCCCUCCUCGCCGUCAUCGGUGGCCCCACCGGACGACGACGACCUCCUCUGGGAGAUCCUCCUCCGCCUCUUUCCCCUGCCGUCCUCCCUCAUCCGCGCCUCCGCAGUCUGCAAGCGCUGGCGCCGCCUCGUCUCCGACCCCGGCUUCCUCCGCCGCUUCCGCGCCCGUCACCGCACGCCUCCCCUGCUCGGCUUCUUCUCGGUCAGCGGCGGGUUCUCCUUCACUCCCACGCUGGACAAACCCGACCGCAUCCCUGCCGCACGCCUGACCCUGCCGGCUCACUCCAACGACCGCUGCUGCUUCCUCGGCUGCCGGCACGGCCUCGCCCUCCAUCUGAACCGAACGCGGCAAGUGGCCGUCGUCUGGAACCCCAUUACGGGAAACCGACGCUGCGUGCCCUUUCCACCGGGGACCGGAUUCGUCCUCAAUGCCGCGGUGCUGCGCCCUACCGGCAACGACGAUGGGCAAUUGAUCCCAUUUAAAUUAGUCUUGCUAUGCAACAACUAUGACCUUGGACCUACGUUUGCGCGCAUCUACGGAUCGGAGCCUGAUAAGUGGGGCAAUGUGAUCGCAGCACCAGCACCUUGGAUUCCUACGACUCGGCCCAGCAUCCUGGUUGGGAAUACGCUUUGCUGGUGGAUUGGUGAAGGCGACAUUCUUGGGCUUGAUUUGGAAACACGGAGUCUCGCUUUGAUCAACAAGCCGGCUGGCUUGACCUCCAAGUGCGCCUUUCAGAUCUUGCGGACGGAGGAUAAUGGACUUGGCCUAGCCGUUUUGUCAGGACUGUGCAUCCAGUUAUGGAAGGCCAAUUCUGACGGUGCUGUGACAUGGGUUCUGCAGAAAACCAUUGAACUCGACAAGCUCUUUUCGCCGGAACCGUUGGUGGGAAGAGUUGGGACAACGAUACUGGGGUUUGCUGAGGAUGCUAAUGCCAUUUUUCUAUUGUGGGAUGCUGGUGUCUUUAUGAUCGAACUAGAAUCAUUGAAGUUCAGAAAAGUUUCUGAAAGCACUAGGGGUUUUCCUUGUUAUCCCUAUGCAAGUUUCUUUACAGCGGGUUCGCAGGUCGGCGAGGAAGAGGCGGUGUUCGGCUACUUUGUGCCUGCCGAUCAGGGUGGCGGGCAGGAGUAGCACACUCUACUCCGAACUCAGUGUUUUGGCAGGGAAAUCGCUGGUGGAGUUGACGGGGUUGAAUUUUGGAACAAUGCAUGAGAUGAUUGUCCUGUUAUAUCUUGUAACGUGUAUUGAUGGUUUAUUGGUGGUGCAAAUAUAUCUUCUGCAAUGAGUACAUAUUUUAAGAAGGGUGGGCCUGGCGCAGUGGUAGAGUCUCUCCACUUGUGUCCUGGAGGUUCUGUGUUCAAAUAAGCCUCUUUGCAAAAAAAAAAAAAAAAGAAGGUAAGGCUGCUUAGAAAUUCCCUUCCCCAGACCCCACAAUAUGUGGCAGCUUUAAG